AUGCCCCCAGAAGGAUGCACGAGGGUUGAGAUAGUGCCAGGUUACCCAAGCCUAGACAGGGGAAGUCGAGAAGCAGAGAUCGGGUUCGAACAACGGACCUUCCGGUUAACGCAGUCCCCGAGUUCCCGUCAACCUUACAUGCUACUUGAAACCAAAUUGCAAGAAAUUAGCGAAAUACACUUGUUUGCAAACAAAUUUGGUCUUGCAGGAGACUCAGUGAGAGAUUCAGCUGCGUUCCAGCGUAUUGCUAUCGAUUACGAUGAUGAUGUGUUAAGAGGACUAGAGCUACCCCUCAGGAAAUUACGCAUCUAA